AGAAAAGUGUGAGCGAUCUGCCAGACAGCGCACUCUCAUUUUACUCUCCUGGAUGUCCUCUGAUCCGCUGCCAUCAUGAAGCUCCUCUUCUUUUGCCUUUUCUUAGCGGUGCUGCUCACACCUGCUGAACUUAAACGUAAAAAGGACGACAAACAUCAUCCCAGACAUGGUCAUGGGCAUCGUGAUCAUGAGCAUGGGGUACCUGGGAAUCGGAGAGAGGGCAAACCUGGGAAACAGAGAGGAACAUUUCAGGACAUAAUUGAAGACAUCUUCUUUGAGAUCGUAGAUGGAGCUAAUAGUGAUGAUGAUGAUGAAGAUGACCAGAGUAAUUUAGACUGGCUUUUUGAACUUCAAGAGCCAGAAGGCCGAUGCAACCCAAACCCUUGCCUUAACAAUGGAGUGUGUAAAGAGAAAGGCAAAAAUAAAUUCAAAUGUGACUGUCCCAAACCCUAUAAAGGACGGAAAUGCGAGAAAGGUCCAAAAAUUUGUAAGAGAGGUCAGUGUGGACGUGGUGAAUGUGUGCUGACUUCAGAUCCCCCGUUUUAUGAGUGUAAAUGCAAGGUGCCCUUCCAGCCUCCAGACUGCAGACAUUUUGCUCUGUGUCAGCCUAAUCCAUGCAGGAAUGGUGGAACAUGCAUCAAAGAUGAUAAUGACUUUGACUGCCAGUGCCCUCCAGGGUACAGAGGACGUUUCUGCCAUGUUGGCCCAAAUGAUUGCUAUGUGGAUGAUGGAGAGUCGUAUCGUGGCAAUGUGAGUGAGACAGACGACGGUGACGAAUGCCUCUACUGGAACUCACACUUCAUACUGGAGAAAGGAACUGAUCCCUUCAGCACCUUUGAGGACGAAGAUGGACUUGGCCCUCACAACUUCUGCAGGAACCCAGAUGGAGACACAAAGCCCUGGUGUUACUUCAGAAGAGGCACCAGGUUGCUUUGGGACUACUGUGAUUUGACAGUGUGUCCUUCACCAACAGGUGUGUCACCAACUGAAAUUGUCAUCCCAGUCCCUGAUCCCACUUCUGCCAAGCCACAACCAACCACACCUGAACCUACAGCAGACCCCAAGCCAACGACUGUCAAAGCCCCAGUGACUCAAAAGCCCAGCCAGGCCCCAGAACCUUCUCCUGCACCCACUAAUGGUUCUCUCAUCCCCAGUACCAGUGCUCCACUGCAACAGUUCUCCACUUGUGGGGAGCCUCAGCCAAAAAAGGCCAUUACCCGAAUUUUUGGGGGUCUGAAGGUCAAUCCAGGAUCUCUACCCUGGCAGGUGUCCUUGCAAGUGAGACCACAGAACACCAAUGUGCCAUUCAGACACAUCUGUGGAGGAGUUCUCAUUGCUAGCUGCUGGGUACUGACAGCUGGACACUGCAUUGAACCAGGAAAGGACAUGCAGGUGGUUAUGGGAGGUCUGUCACUGGACACGACAGAACAAACAGAGCAAACCAUAAGAGUCGAAGAGGCUAUUGUACAUGAGAACUACAGGGAAACUCCUUCAGCUGUAUACAAUGACAUAGCCUUGCUGAGGCUGCAGGGCACCAAUGGGGUUUGUGCCAAUGAGACUCAGUUUGUGAAGACAGCCUGUCUGCCUGAUGCCCAACUGCCUGAUGGGAUGGAGUGCACUAUUUCUGGAUGGGGUGCCACUGAGGAAUCCGAAUAUGGUUCCAACCAACUGCUGAAGGCUGACGUACUGCUGAUCAAUCAGGAGAAAUGCUCUGAACCCAUUAUUUAUGGCAGCGUCCUGGACAAUACAAUGCUUUGUGCCGGCCACCUGCAGGGAGGGGUGGAUUCCUGCCAGGGUGACUCUGGAGGACCCCUGACUUGUAUGCAGAACAAAACCCAUGUUAUUUAUGGCCUGGUGAGUUGGGGAGACCAAUGUGGGAGGAAAAACAAGCCUGGGGUCUAUACACGUGUCACUCACUUCUUGACGUGGAUCAAAUCAAAAACUCAAGGAGCAUUUCCAUAAGCAACAUGUCAGCCAGUGAAGCCAAGGGCUUGGUUCACAAUGGAGCAAGUCCUACUCAUUGUGAUUUAGCUUUUGGAUUUUGUGCAGUUGAACCUGGUCUUUUGCUUUUCAGGUUUUCGUCACUGUCAAUUUUAAUGCCACGUGAAUCAACCUUCUAAAAAAAUAAUAAUAAUAAUCUGA